CUAUAACAUUUUACCUGUGUGUGGGAAUUCAAUAUCCAGUUAGCAGUCCCGUAAACAUUUAACUGUUAGUGGAUUUACAUGUGUUUUAAAAAAUGAAUUAAAUUCCUCAAUUCUAAAUGGAAAUAAAUAUUUAGCAUUAUAAAGGGAGUACAGAAUGCCAGAUGAAGCUGUCAAAGUGGCUGUCAGGGUCCGUCCCUUUAAUCAAAGGGAGAAGGACCGGACGUCAAAGCUCAUCAUUAAGAUGCAGGACCAAAUGACAACAAUAGCCAAUCCUGAAACUCCAAAUGAAGAACCAAAAAAGUUUUCCUUUGAUUACUCCUAUUGGUCUCACGAUGGCUUUACGGAAGAUUCUGCUGGUAAUUUACUGGUUGAUAAAGCAGGUUCUAAGUAUGCUAGUCAACGACGUGUGUUUGAAGAUCUCGGACAAGGAGUAUUAGACAAUGCCUUUGAAGGUUACAACUGUUCAUUGUUUGCCUAUGGACAGACUGGGUCAGGGAAGUCUUACUCAAUGGUGGGAUAUGGACCUAACAGGGGGAUAGUGCCAAUAACUUGUGAUGAAUUAUUCCAAACAGUAGAAAACAAUAGUGAUACUAAUAGGAGAUUUGAAAUAACAUUUUCCAUGUUGGAAAUAUAUAAUGAACAAGUUAGAGAUCUCCUGUCUAAAGAUAACCCCAAAGGUGGCCUCCAAGUCAGACAAAAUCCUAAAAUGGGAUACUUUUAUGUAGAAAAUUUAAAAAAGGUCCCUGUGGGGAGUUAUAAGGAAAUAGAAAAAAGAAUGGAACAAGGUACUGCCAGUAGAACUGUGGCAUCUACCAAUAUGAAUGCCACCAGCAGUAGAGCCCAUACUGUAGUAACGAUAACCUUUGACCAGAUCAUCAAAGAUUCAGAUUCAGGAUCAGAAACAAAGAAAAGUAGUGUGAUGAACCUUGUUGAUUUAGCAGGAUCUGAGAGAGCUGAUAGUACUGGUGCCGUGGGGGACAGACUGAAGGAGGGGGCUAAUAUCAACAAAUCACUGUCAGCGCUGGGAAAUGUUAUUUCUGCUUUAGCAGACUUAUCAAUGGGGACAAAGAAGAAAAUAGUAGUUCCUUAUAGAGAUUCAGUAUUAACCAAACUUUUACAGAAUGCCUUAGGUGGUAACAGUAAAACAAUAAUGAUAGCUGCAUUAUCGCCUGCUGAUAUUAAUUAUGAUGAAACACUUUCUACGUUACGAUAUGCUGACAGAGCAAAAAAGAUUAAAAACAAAGCUGUUAUAAAUGAAAAUCCUAUGGAUAAACUCAUCAGGGAACUUAAGGAAGAAAAUGAGAGAUUAAAGAAGUCUAUGGAAGGAGGUGGUCUUAUUGGACAUGAUAUGGGGAUGACACCUGAGGAAGUGGAAAAAAUGAGAAAACAAAUGGAAGAAGAAAUCCGAGCACAGUUAUUUGCUAACCAGGAAAUGUUGGCACAAAAUACACAGAGCUGGGAAGAACAGCUAGCAGUAGCGAGAACUGAGACAGAGAACAUCACAGACAAUACAUCUGCUAGGAAGGCUAAGGAACCACAUCUGAUCAAUCUAAACGAGGAUCCUAUGUUAUCUGGGGUCAUAUGUUAUUUCCUGUCUCAGAAAGAGACUACAAUAGGACGGAAAGAUGCUAAACCUGUACCUAGUAUAUGUCUUAGUGGUUUAAGUAUACAAAAGCAGCAUUCUGUGAUAUAUAACAGUAAUGGAACUGUGGAAGUAGAGUCAGUGGCUGGUACAGGCUCAAAAACGAAGGUCAAUGGUAUACCACUACAGGGAAAAAAAGUUUUAUGUCAUAAAGACCGAGUUCUGUUUGGUUCCAAUCAUAUGUAUGUGUUCAUCAACCCAAUGAAGAAGAGUGAAGCUGGAGACGAUCUGCCGACAGAAAUCACUUGGGAAUUUGCUCAGAAGGAAAUUGCUCAGGUUAAAGGAUUUGCUACUGGAUCAGCUGGACUGACCAAAGAUCAACAAAUUGCCCAAGAACAAGUAUUAGAAAUUCUACCUAUGGUAUCAGAAGUGAAUGCUGUGUCAGAGGAAUUAGAUAAACAUAAAUCAUUUGAAGUGGUGUUGAUCGCCACGGCAGCUACAGAUGGAUCAGAUCUAUCUAAUAACCAAGGCACAAAGAAUGCUGAUCAAAAUGUCAGAGUGAUGGUAAAAAUGAAGAAUUUAUUGAAUGGUAACACUUGGUUAUGGGAACGUGGUAAAUUUAUGAACAGGAGAUAUUUGAUACAGGAGUUAUAUCAGCGUUUCUUGGAUGGAGAAGAUGUAUCUAAAGUACCCAAAGAAGAAGAUCCAUUCUGGGAGCCGACAGAAGACGUACUAAUAGGGACUGCUAAUGUGUUCUUACAAUCACUUUGUUAUGCUUUAGAUUUUGACGACAAAGUGUUGAUAACAGACUAUAAAGGUCAAGAAGAAGGUUAUUUAUAUGUUCAUGUGACCCCCUGUGCAGCCAAUGGGAAGCCAUUAGAUGAAGAAUCAUUUGUAGAAGAUCCAAAAGAUCUCUUGAGUAAACCGUAUAAUUUUAAGGUGACAGUCAACAAGGCCGAGAUCAACAAAGUUCGUUUUUCUAAAGGAAUCAAUGUAAAAUAUUCUGUCAAAGUGGAAAGUAAGGGAGACAGUGUGGAAACACCUACAAUGAAAAAUACAUUGACUCCAGAGUUCAAACAUUUUAAAGUCAUUCAAAUAACUAAGUUAAAGAAGAAACAUUUAGAAUUUUUUGAGACUAAAUCGAUUUGUUUUCAUGUUUAUGGGACACAAGAAGACACAGUUCCUGACCCCAAACUUCUCAAGCUCACAACCAGAGAAUUACGACAGAUGGACUCUAUGGAGCAUGGUAAUCCUCAGAAUUCUGUACGGAGGAAUACUAUAUUUAGUGCUGAGACUAUGUCUGAUCAGUCUCAUCUGAAAACAGAAGUGGUACUUCUACAACGCAAAUAUGAGCGACUUCAACAGAAGGAAAGAAGAAUGCAGCAAAUAUGUGAAGACUGGAAAAACAAGCCAGAGGAAGAGAAACAAUUUGAGCCUUUUUACCGAACGGUAUCAGCAGUAGCCUAUAGUACUGGUACCCGAUUAAGAACCAGAGUACAGCUUCUCAACUCGGGAAAGAAACAUAACUCUCACAAUGAAGAUGAUCUAGUCAGCUUGUAUAUAUUUGGUGAGGAUGAGCCUGUUUUAGCAGCUGAGGCUGAUAAAAAUAAUGGCGUUGUUUCUUAUCAUAUGGUUGCUAAUCACCACUACAGGGAUUUACCCCUUUCUAAUGGACAUCAGAAUCAACCGGAUUUUGAUCAGUACGGUGAUGCUGAUUCCUUGGCCUCAGUUGACCUUGCACCCUUCAUGGGGUUAAAUAAAUCUGCCUUAAACAAAGGAAGAAAUGAUAGUCACAGACGAUACAAAUCCUCAGAGAGUGUUAGUACCAAUGGAAAUAAAGAUAAACAGAAAAGAAGGAUCAAUUCUGCUGACGGAAAACCAAAGGAUGGGAGUUCUGCUUGUACUUUACAAUAACUGUUACUAUGGCAACUAUAGAUUCAGAAAAUAAUUCUCAUUUUCUGAUUACAAUUAAAUUAUUUGCUAAAAAGACUUAUAUGAAUAUAAUAUGGAGUUAUGAAUAGCUACAUACAUGUAUUAUAAUUCAUAUGAAUUAAUAUGUUUUAUAUGUUUUAUAUAUUUUCUAUUUAUUACUUUCAUGCAUGUAUUUAUUUUUGUAUGGUAGAGGGAGGUUUAAAAACUGUCAUUUUAGUUCCCUGAAUCCUUACAAAAUAUGGAAAUUAAUACACACUUUCACCCUAUACUAUUUUUAAUAUAAAGAUUUGAGGUUGUACCUUAAAAUGUACAAAAGCUUUAGAGGUCAACUACAGUCUUUAAAUACAGUCAACAAUGUUUAUUACAUAUGUCAUUCUGUGAAAAAAUACUCUGUAAUGUAAAAUACCAAUUGUCUAUUUGUAAUUCUAUUGUUCUAUUAUUUCUUGAAACUAACAUAUUUUAUUAAUCUGAUAAUAAUCUUAACUGAUGAUCUUUUCAUUUGAGACAUAUUUUGCUUUUCUUUAUUCAUUAUACAUCUUGAAUGGUCAGUUUAUGUGUCAACAUAACCAUAAAACAUCUGUUUGAUAAAACAGGACUUAAUUUCAAAAAUAAAACUUGUACAUGAAAAUUAAUAUUUUUGUCUUGAAAAUUUUCAGAAUUUCCUAACAUUACAAAUGUUGUAGAAUAUUAGUUUAAGUGUACACAUAUCAAGCAUUAUAUUCAGUUUGCAAUAUACUUAUUUUGUAAUCAAAAAUAUACUCUUAAGGCUUGGUUAUGCUUUUGUAGUCAAAAUCAAUUGGAAAUAACUUUAAAAAUUUAAAAGAAUAAUUGAAGUAUAAUUUCCACAAAAUCCUGUUUACUAUGUAAAUAUGCCACGUUUGAAUAGUAUCUAACACAAAGAUCUCUGAAUGAAUGCAUGAUUUUUAUGUAUGACAUAAUUAUAUUCAAAAUAUUUUUUGAGAAGAAAAUAUCGUCUUAGCCAUUUAAAAAAGAAUUGAAAAAUAAUCUAUUUGUCAUUUAGUUAAUUAAUUUUUGUUUAUAAAUGAGCUAGGACAAAUCCUGGAUGAAUUACUACAAAUGAAUCUAAUAAAAGCACAAUUUCGAUAGCCUAGUGUUAAUAUUCCUAUCCACUACAAAAGCAUAAAUAUGUGCCAUUUUAUUGUAUAAUGUGUGCAAUUUUCCUUGUUUUAUCUAGAUGGUGCUUUUUGGCCCAUGUAUUUCAAAUCAGAUAUUGUUUACUUAUAUUUACCUCCUUUUUUGCAAUUUGUCAUUGUUAUUGUUUCCUUCUUGUUUACAUUUGUCUUAAAUUUCAUUAACACACACACACACAUACAUACACACAUUUGAAAUGUUUGUUGUAACUUUUAUUCACCAUCUUGUUUUAUUGUUAAAAUGUUAGGGUAUACAAAUCAUUGAGAAAAACAAAACAAUUGUAAAACUUGUUAAAACCUCGAAAAGGAAUAGUUGUUACCACACCUUAAAUUAAAACAUCAGAGAAAAUUCCAAACAUUUAUUUGAUAUUUUGAAAAUAAUUAAAACACUUUUUUUAUAAUUUUUGAUACAGAUUUUGAUAACUGUUUUAUGUGUUUUCCCAUCAAGUUGUCUUGAGAAAAGUAAUGAACAAAGGCAACACUUUUUUUUUCAUAAAAGAACUAUCUCCGGUAUCUUGAAAAGACAGAAACAAUUUUCGCAUAAAAACAAGCUUAGAUAUUCCAUCCAAACUGUAUUCAUAUGUUGUAUUUUGUUACUGUUUGUUAAAUUUAUAUACAUGAUCUGUCCCCAGAAUUUUAAACGCCAUUUUUUAAUGUAUGAAACCAUACAUAUCUUGUUGAUUUACAUGAUCCGUCCACAGAAAGCCAUGUAUAAAUGUAUGAAAUCAUUUAACAUAACUUGUUGAUAUAAAGAUCUGUGAUAUAUUAUGAAUGAUGUUUAUUCAGACUCUAUUAUUUUCUUGUAUACUAUUUUCAUACAAUAAAAUGUUACAAUUCUU